GGCAGCAAGAUGCUGUCAUUCUCAUACGUUCGCACUGAACGCGUGACGUAGUGACCGGCUGGUGAGUUCUCGCGCAAACUCAAGCAGCAAUAUUUGUACGAUAUUUAAACUUAAAGUUUUCUCGUUAAAGACGAUCGGCAUGACCAUUUUCUGUUUCUUCUUUUUUUUCAAAUUUGCUUUAGUGACUUACGGUGAAUGCUGAUGAUGCGAUUGUCAAGAUGACAAAAAUGUCAUGGCUGACAAGCAUACCAACCGAAAAUCGUCACUGUAUUGAGUGCGGUCUCGAAACGACAAAGUAAUCAAAUAUGGCAGCCACGCACAAUUAUGGCUAUUUUCGAAAAUCAAACAACAAAAUUAUCUUAAGCACCCCCGACACAUUCAAGUUUAUUCAGCUUUUUAAGGAAGAAGAGAAUCUAUGGAACACUAACGAUUAUCGACACAACAACAAAAUCCUCAGGUCCCAGAGCCUGCAAGAGAUCGCUCGCAAGAUGAAUAAUAAUUGGACAGAGCAUCAAGUACGAGAAAAGAUUCUUAGCCUGCGAUCUCGCUAUAGUAAAGAGCUGGUGAAAGUGCGUCUUUCAAUAUCCGUGGGAUCUGAAGCAUAUUCCCCAGUCUGGCGCUUCUUCCCUCUUCUUGACAGCUUCCUUCGUCCUUUCUGUGUUACUCGCAAGUUGGAUACUGAAGCUGUGCGGCAUUUUCACCGCCGUCUGAUAAUGGGCAAGGCAGGAGGAGUUGAAACAUCUUCCAGUGCUGUCGUGCAUCGCACGUGCCUGUCUCCAAGCAGCACACUACCACAGCAGCAGGAUCAAAGCUCUCCUCUCUUCUCAAGCAACUGCCAAAUUGUCAGAAAUGGCAAAGCCAUCACCAGCAGUAACACACAUUUGAAGCCUGAUGACAGUGAUGAUUUACAGAUCAUAAGUGAUGAGGAGAUGAGGGACUCGAAUGACCCCGACAUUGCUGAGGUUUAUCUUGACAAUGAUAAGGAGGCUACUUCAGAUUCAGCUCCUGCAGUGCCUGGUGUCUUUGCUGGAAGUGUGCUGGUAACACAAGCCAAGUCCAAUGAACAGUUACAAACACAGCCGCAAGGGUCUCCUUCAUACUUGACAAAAGAAAGCUCAGCAGCUGAGCAGCAGGUAUUAACAGGAGUGUGGAACCAAGGCAAAGAUGGGGAUGAAAAUCUUCGCGAUAAAGAUAGUAUUUCUGCUGCAGCUCUAUCUGGCACUGGAGAGAAGAAUGAAUUAAGUAUUACUGAGGUAUCAGAAGCAGCUGAUUCAGAAAGCGAGUCAAUACUGUAUAAAUACAGAGGGAAAAACCAUCUGGCACAUGAAUCCGAUGAACAACUUUCUCGAAAAGGGCCAAGUGCUAAUCAUGGCAAACUGACUAUUUUCGAAAGACAAAAGCACAAAAAUAUUCCAUCGCCCCCUCCACCCCCUCUACCCAACAGAAACUUACUUUCUCACAAUCUAAAGGACUUUCACAAGCACAGGUAUAAGUCUUCACGACAAGAUACUUUAAACUCAGCUUUAUCCUCUUCCUUGUUUAAUGGCGAAUUUCAAAAUUUGCAAGGAAUGAAUGGACUAGCAGAACAUGUGCCACCCAAAAGACCACUGCUAGCUGGCAACUGCAGCUUUUCAUCCAACACCAGUUCAGAUUCAUUCCAGCAACAAAUGCUUCAGGUCAUGCAGAUUGUUCUGACCAGUGUGAAGGACCAAUUUUCAAAUGAGCACUCUGACGCAGACAUGGCUUUUGCUAAUCACAUAGUUUGUGAACUAAGAAAACUUGAUGAAGAUUUGAAAACAGAUGUAAAAUUCACAAUUCAAAAAGCUAUCUAUGAUGUUCAGAAGCAAAUGAAUGCAAGAAAGCAGCAACAGCAAUAGUCUUCCUUAUAUGUCAGUAGACAAACAAUGCAAUUUGCCUUCGGAAGUCAACUAUCAGGGGUGGGGAGUGGUGGGGAUUGUAAGAUCUGGCACUGUCAGACAACCUCAUCUGAACAAUGAACAGUCUCAACUAUCAUAAAUAAUAUGAUUUCUAUAUAGCUAUGAAAAGAGUUGUUUUUGUAAACUGGCCAAUGUAUUUGACAUACAUGAACCAAAUAAAGUCAAUAAUCAAUGUCACAAAAA